AAUCGAGAGUUAGCGUACCACUGGCCACCGUGACCGUGACAAACAUACAAGAGUUAUCGUUCGUGUCUGCAGCGUCUGCUCGAUAACAUGUGGCACGUAGGCCGGUAGGGUAGGCAAAUAUUGACCGUGGUAUGUCUGUUUGAAUCAGGAUGGUGAGCGAUAAGUCGACAACACAAUAGAAAAGACACGUAGUUGUACAGAGGGGUGACAACAUGGGUGAUUGGAGACCAUUUGUAUAUGGAGGCCUGGCAUCCAUAACUGCAGAGAUAGGCACCUUUCCUAUUGACACAACAAAGACGCGACUGCAGAUUCAGGGGCAGAUAAUUGAUGCUCGGUUAUCUGAGCUUCGAUACAGAGGGAUGACUCAUGCCAUGUUGAGAAUAUUUCGAGAGGAAGGACUUUCUGCUCUCUACUCAGGAAUAUCGCCAGCCAUUCUGAGACAAGCCACAUAUGGGACAAUCAAAAUUGGAAUUUACCAUUCACUGAAAUCCAUGUUAGUUGAAAAUCCGCAAGAGUCUACAUUAUUUAUAAAUGUUUGCUGUGGAAUAGUUGCUGGAAUUGUGUCAAGUGCAAUAGCCAAUCCAACUGAUGUCUUAAAGGUUCGCUUACAAGCUAAGACAGAUAUUAAUGACAAGGAAUCCAUGUUACGCGCCUUUGGAAGGAUAUACAAAGAAGAAGGCAUUAAAGGACUUUGGAGGGGAGUGGUUCCCACUGCUCAGAGAGCAGCAAUCAUUGCUGGUGUGGAGCUUCCGGUGUAUGACUUCUCUAAAUACUGGAUACUUAGAUCAGGGUAUUUUGACGAUAAUGUUGGAGUCCAUUUUAUAUCAAGCUUUUUUGCAGGAUUAGCUGGUGCUAUAUUUUCUACUCCCAUUGAUGUAAUUAAGACAAGAAUGAUGAACCAAAAAAACCUAAGAGAAAAGACUAUGUCUUCCAAGAUCUAUACUUCUUCCAUUGAUUGUGCUAUACAGACGACAAAAACAGAGGGAUUUAUGGCUCUUUAUAAAGGUUUUGUUCCCAUUUGGGUCAGACUUGGUCCAUGGAAUAUUAUUUUUUUCAUGACUUAUGAACAGCUGAAGAAAGUAAAAUGAAUUAAUUUUAUGCAAUUUUAGUGGGAAGUUUAUAGGACAUUUUUAAAAGCUUUAUUUAUUUAAUCAAUAUAUCUCAUGUUGUUAUAUGUAUUGAAAAAUAAAUCGUAUCUAAAAUCA